AGGCUGCUGACCAAAAAGACAUGUUUUGCUAUAAGGCAUUGCUGUUUUUCUCUUUCCUUUUUUCCCACUCCCUCCUUUAUUAAGCUCGGCCCCCUCUCUCCGUCUAACCCCCCCCCCCCCCCCCUUCUUCUUCUUCUCAGAGAGUCCCAGAGCCAAAAGUAGAGGAAAACAUCUGGAUUCUGUUUUUCAAGGAGAAGAGGGGGAAGAAGUGAGAAAGCGAGAAAGAGAGAGAGAGAGAGAGAGAGAGAGAGCACAGGACAAAAUCAUGGCUGUAGUGAGCACACCCCAAACACCCCCCACUUUGGCAAGUUGCGAGUGGGAGAGGGAAAGUUGACAACUUACUAAGAUGCUGACUUGGAGCAGACAAGGAUACAUUCUACAGCCUAGGAGAUCCGAAGACCUGUCCAGAUACACAGCAGCUACAGGUCUAUUCUGGAUCAUGUGCUCGGGUUAAGAUCCUCAGCUUUGGAUGCACUUUUUUUUUCUGUGGAUUUAACAAGUUUGUAAAAUUUGGAUUGUGGGUCUUCACGUCUGGGAUUAGAAAAGUGCUGAAUGCAAACCUAAGAAAGGUAGCGGAGCGACAACUCAUACACCCACAGACACAACAAACACAGACAGCCAGCACUAGUUUCACAUCACACCUUGGAGGCUGCUGGCUGCCAGAUCACGCCAGAGAAGAUAUCUCUAAGAAACAAAAAGAAUGGAGUAAACAGUGUUCUUCCGCUGUACCAUCAUUGAUCCUUUGUAGAACAAUUGACCAGCUUUAGGUCACCAAAACAGCCAGGAUGAGCAUCUACAAGCAUUACCUGAAUGUGUCAAAGAUCUGUGAACAUUAUAACCAUACUAAAGGGAUUAAAAAGGACAGCUCUUCUCGAGAUGUCAUCUCCGUAAUCUUUAUUAUCAUUUGCUGUGUCAUUAUCCUGGAGAACAUUCUUGUCCUUAUUUCAGUUUGGAGGAACAAGAAGUUUCACUCCGCCAUGUUUUUCUUCAUCGGAAAUUUGGCAUUUUCAGAUCUUCUCACAGGAUGUGCCUACAUUGCUAAUAUCUUGCUAUCUGGUAAAACCACCUACACGUUAACUCCUGUGGCCUGGUUUAUCCGUGAAGGCACGGCUUUCACAACUCUGGCUGCUUCUGUCUUCAGUCUGUUGGCUAUAGCCAUUGAAAGACAUGUGGCUAUUGUUAAAGUCAAAGUCUACAGCAGCGACAGGAACUGUAGGAUGAUAAUCCUGAUAGGAGCUUGUUGGGUUAUUUCAAUGGUUAUCGGAGGUUUACCCAUCAUUGGCUGGAACUGCAUUGGAAACUUGGAUGAAUGUUCCACCGUCUUCCCGCUCUAUGCCAAAAAGUACAUUUUGUUCGUAGUUACUAUCUUCACAAUUAUAUUAAUCUCCAUUGUGAUUUUAUAUGUCCGUAUAUACUGUAUUGUAAAGUCAAGCCAUGCAGAAAUAGCUGCACCACAGACUCUUGCCCUCCUUAAAACAGUAACCAUAGUUCUUGGAGUUUUUAUUAUCUGCUGGCUUCCAGCUUUUACUAUUCUCCUUAUGGAUGUGGCUUGUAAAGUGAAAUCCUGCUCCAUUCUCUACAAAGCUGACUACUUCUUCGGGGUGGCCACCUUGAAUUCGGCAUUGAACCCUAUCAUCUAUACUCUGAGGAGCAAAGACAUGAGAAGGGAAUUUCUGAGGGUGCUUUGCUGUUGGAACUAUGUGCAAAAGAACAGAAACGCUGAUAAAUGCAUGCUCCACUUACGUAGUUCUAGCUCUUUAGAACGUUGCACGCAAAAACACUAUUUUCCCACCUCACCUGUCAUAAAGGACUGCAAUACGUUUGUGUGAUUAGGAGCGUAACAACUUUUCAAUGCUUUUUGGACAGAAGAACCCUUCUAUCUCAAAGUAAAACUGGUGGUUAUUAUGUGCGAUCCGAACAAGAUUACUUUGGUAUGGUUACCAGAUCUGGGAAGGUAUAUUUACGACAUUUCCUUACCUUUUGGGCCUGAAACUAUUUUUCCUGCCAGGUUUCAGACCUAAGGUCUUCAGAGAAAAGCUCUUGAGAAAACUUAGCACUCUAUGUUUGCAGUGGGAGUAAGACGAUAAGUGUGGCAUAAAAAAUGUGAAAAACAGUGUGUUAUAUGUGUAGACAUGGGCAAAAAAAGCUAUUACAGUAUUCUCUGGCCAGCGGAAAGGAAGUGGUUCUACACUCCAAAAAUAAGUCCACAAAAAGACUUUCAAUGUCACUACAAGGUAGCCAAUCACAUGAGCUGACAUUGAUAGAAAGAAGCACAUUUUCACAUUUUUAAUUACAAAAUUAAAAAG